GCAGCAACUGGCCCAAGCCCGGCCAGGCUUCCCCAGGACCUGCUGUGAGGCUGGGCACUGGCAUCUCCCUGCACCACCCCGUGUCCCGUCGGGGUAGGCCUGAGUCCAGCAAGGUCAGCAAGGCCACCACCUUGCAGAAGACAGCUGAGUACAUCUGCAAGCUGCAGCAGGAGCGGGCGGCCCUGCAGGACGAGGCUCAGCGGCUGCGGGAGCAGAUCGAGGAGCUCAAUGGCUCCAUCAACCUGUGCCAGGAGCAGCUGCCGGCCACAGGGGUGCCCAUCACACGCCAGCGCUUCGACCAGAUGCGUAGCAUGUUCGACGAGUACGUCCGCUCCUCCACACUGCAGAACUGGAAGUUCUGGAUUUUCAGUAUCAUCAUCCGGCCCCUCUUCGAGUCUUUCAACGGCAUGGUCUCCACGGCCAGCAUGGAGAGCCUCACCCAGACGUCUCUCGCCUGGCUGGAUCAGCACUGCUCCCUCCCAGCGCUUCGGCCAA